AUGGAGGAGCCUGGUGCUUUGACGGCCGUGUGUCGACACAGAUCCCGGAUCCCUCUGUGUGACCGCUGUGUGGAGCCAGCGGGAGAAGGUCAAGGGACUUUGAGCAAGCAGACCCCUCCAUCACGGCCAACUGAUAAGAGGUACAAAGCUCAGAACAACUCCUGGAGGGCAGGGCGAGCGGCAGCUUCCAGUCACAAUGGCUGCGUUGUGUCUCCACUGCCACAGGCAGUGUACCACUGGAUUAAGGUUGCUGGGAAUCGCAGGUGGGAAGAGUUGCUGUCGUUGUGCUCAGGUCCUGCUUGGUGGUUUUACAUGUGGGCAUCUGGUUGGCUCCUGUGAGAACAGGAUCCUGGGCUAAGUGUCCACCCCACCCCCCCGGCCUGAUCCAGCAGCUUGGGCUUUUAUUGCGCUAUUUAGGCCUUUCUUGGACAAUUGAGACUGUUCCACACAUCUUUCGGCCUCUCCAAUCUGCCAUGUUGGGCUGCUGACCACAAAAGGCUGCCACAUUGGUCAGUGUGCACCAGUGCUCAGUAGCAGAGCACCUUUCCUCAGGUUCUCCAGUUAAAAGGCUCUUAGCGGCAAAAGACACACACCCACCCCUUCUCUGCCUGAGACCCUGGAGAGUAGCUGCCAGUCAGAGAGAGCAGAACUAGGCUAGAUGGACAAAGGCUUUGAGUUGGAAUAUGAAACAUCCAUUGUUGCAUUGACUUUGCCAGCAGGAUGUUCUAAACAGCGCAGUUGGCACAGCAUCUUAAUCUCAGGGUUGUGCGUUCGAGCCCCACAUUGGGCAAAAGAUUCCUGCAUUGCAGGGGGUUGGACUAGAUGACCCUCGUGGUCCCUUCCAGCUAUGAUUCUGCGAUCCGCAAGGCCUCGUUUUUUGCUUUCGAAGCUGGUGUCUGAGCUGCAGAAAAAGUGAGGGGACAUCCUGCCUCGCCGCCACCGAUGCCUUUGGGCUUGUUUGGGCCCAAUGAAACCAGACGUUCCAAAUAAUAAUUUAUCUUUAAUGAGCCUGUGCAGUGUAGGCUAGGGGUGUUGGACCUGGACCUGGAAAAGACCACAGUUCAAAUCUCCUCUCGUGGGCUAGGAAGGGGCCAGUCACUGCCUCCCAGCCUGACCUACACCACAGGGGAUUAAACGAGGAAGGAUAAGAACCACGCGAACCACCUUGAGCUCCUUGGAGAAAAAGGUGGAAUAUAAACACAAUAAAUAAAACAGAAAUAACACACCUGGACGGUGGUGGCAUCAGAACAUAAUUUUGCUUUUGGGGGAAUUUUGGGCAAGGGGCAGUGACUUAGCCCCCGUGGCAUCUGUCCUCUGCUGGGUGUUUUGAUAGACUUCCAAGUAAGCCCAGGGCCACAGACUCAUCCGAAUUCCUAGUUUCUAAUCUAUACAUGUUGUGAAGAUGGUGCCUUCUAAGUAGAUCACAGGGUUCAGCAACUGAGUGUGUAUGUGAUUCUAUAUGCAUCUGGGGGCUCCAACUUCUUCCUGCUAUGGGGGUGGGGAGAGGAAUCUCCUGCUAGCUAAUUAAAGAAAGUAGGUGAGAGUUGGAGAAGCAGGAGAGGAAGGCAGCAGAAAUCUGGUGCAUCAAAGGGAAACUGCAGCAGAUUUGCAUCUUCUCUUCCCUGGGGGUUUGUGUGUGUGUGUGUGUAGAUGUAGUUUUGUGUCACAAACAGGGCAGGGGGCCCACACUGCACAACCUCCCCCCCACAUUCCCCUGCACCAGCUGAAAUCAAGAGCAGCUGUGUACUGUCUCCAUGGCCCUUAACUUGGUGGUCUGCUGUGGUCUGGGGGUGGGGGCGUGGAGAGGAGUUAGACACCCAUCCUGCAGCUGUGCAGUCCUCCCACGGCAACCACUGAUGAGGAACACACACACAUGUGCUUGAGCCACCAAGAGAGAGAGAGAAACUGGGGGCGGCAAGGGAAGCUCUUUACUCAAGCUCAGUGAGAAGCAACUGUCUUCUCUGCAGGCCCUGGCAAAUCGUGGAAUCGUUGGAAGGGUCCCUGGAGGGGCAUCUAGUCCAACCCCCUACAAUGCAGUGAUCUUUUGUCCAAUGUGGGGUUCGAACCCCCAGCCCUGAGAUUAAGAGUCUGCUUCUCUACAGAUGGGAGUGUAGGGGAGUGGGAGGACGUGAAGGGGGUCCCCAGUUUGUUUUUAGACAGCAAGUCACCUCCUGAUGCAAACCAGGGUGGAACCAGGUGGUAUCAGGGUGGAACCAGGUGGUAUUUGCAUCCCCAGGACUGUGCCCUUGGCAGGUCCAGCCUGGCCAAUGCCGUUGGAGGCAGAAACAUACCUAGGCAUUGGCCAGGCAGGACCCUGCUAAGGGCACAGGGAUGCAAAAAUCACAAAAAUAUUAAGAGAGCCAGCAAUUGCCAAAGGUACCAGGGAGAGGGGUGUUGAUACAGCUUUUUGCCAAAGGUGCAAGGAAGCCUAGCUAUUCCUCUCUGGGUGGUGGAUUAACAGCUGGUAGUAUGUGGGCCAUUACUGGCCAGCGGAGAGGGGGUUUGGGGGUUCUCUGGUUUGGAGGGCUGCUUUUUCUUCUGUUGCUGGCAGACCCUCCCCAUUUGCCCCAAGAGCUCUGCAGCUGGAUCAGGCCCACGGCCCACCUAGUCCUGACUCCUGCUCUCACGGUGACCCCCCCAGAGGGACCAGAGUGAACAGCAGCAACUCUCUGCACUUGAGAUUCCCAGCGACUGCUAGUCAGAGGCAUUUGCUUCUCCUUGCCUUCCAGGUAUGGCGCCUGCAGCUGUGGAAAAAGAAAGACCCCAGCGCUCCAAACCUGGGGAACAGAAUGCUCUCUCUCAAAAGCGGGGGGGGGGGGGGAGCAAAGUUGGCAGCCCUCCCAAGCCAAAAAAAAAGACAGAGAAAGCGAGGGGAGGCUCAGCCUGCAAUAGAAGAAAAAGAACCACCCAAACCAGAGAAGCGGGGAAGCGUCCCUCGACGGCAGAGGAGCGGAGGAAAGGAGCGAAGUUGGCAACCCUCCCGAGGCGGGGAGGGGAGGCGGAGAGAGCGCGGGGAGGGGAAGGAGGCGGAGAGGCGUGGCGUUGCCUUGCCUAGGCGAGCCUAAGUCGGCGCUGCACACAAUAGGGAUAGGGGUCGCCCGGCAGGACCUGCGAGGCCGGCGGGCGCAGGAGGCGACAGGGCCGGCGCGGGGCCUGCGGAGGCGCCUCUCCCCGGCAGGCCGGCGGGACCAUGCCGGGCUUCGACUACAAGUUCCUGGAGAAGCCGAAGCGGCGGCUGCUGUGCCCGCUGUGCGCCAAGGCCAUGCGCGAGCCCGUCCGCGUCUCCACCUGCGGCCACCGCUUCUGCGACACCUGCCUGCAGGAAUUCCUCAGGUCAGUCCCCGCGGAAGGAGGAGCCGGGCCGGGCCGGCCAGGGGGCGCGAUCCGGACGCAGGAAGACGGAGGCGCACGGCCCCUGCGCGCCUCUCCAAAGCGCGCUUGCUUGGAGAGCCCCGCUCGCGCGCCCUGGGCGCACCGCGCCGCCGCCGCCUCCCCGGCUCGCCGCCUCCUUUGUUCCGCGCCCGCUUCAUUCCUAGGGAGAACUGGAGGGGCCCCCCACCCGCCUCCCUCGUUGGGGGCUCCCCCCAUUUCCCAGCACUUGGCUCGGCAGCGGCAAAUGGGAUAGGCCGCUUCUCUGAGCAUGUGCAGAGUGCGGCGGCGCGGAGUCUUGCUGGGCUGCCUCCCUCUCUCACCUCACUCUUUUCUAUUGUUCUGCCUGCUAUUGUCUCACCUUGAAGGGUCCCUCCUGUCCUCCCCACCCCACCCCGGUUGUCAAGGGCCUCGGAAAAAGAGGGGGGCCUUCUUAGCGGAUGGUCGGCGAUGAGCUGAAAUAAAGCCUCUGUCUCCAGCGGCAGUCUACCGCGAACUGUCUGAUGUUGGGAGCCAACGCUGGGGCCUGUUUGUGGAUUUAUUGCUGACCUCUGUUGGAAGCGGGAUGCUGGGCUAGGUUGCGGGGUGGGUUUUUUAUUUUUUUUUUUUUGCGGAGGGGUCUGUUUGAUCCAAUAAGUCUCUUCUGCCUGUUGAAGCCAGCAAGGACUGACGUCUCCUUUCGUCCGAGGUAGACAAGCCAAAGAAAGCAUUGCUUUGUGUGUUCUGGGCCUUGGGAAACAGGUUUGGGGGCUGCUGUGAGCCCCCCGGGCGUGGCUGAGGUUUCGGGUUAUCUGUCCCUUAACUCCAUGAUUUGAACCUCAGAAUCAGAGUCCGGCACCCACCCAGCAGAGCCCGAGAGCCACAGCUGGGUCCUCAAUGGAGAACCCCACCCCCCUUUUGCAGUAGGCUAGCUGGAUCUGUCUGCGUAUAAUUAAGUGGCUUCCGUCCUCCCUUCCUGUUUAAAUUCAGGACCAUGAGGACUAGUGUCUUGCAUUCUUUUUUAGGGAAAGGGCCGUAACUCAGUGAUGAAGCACUUUCUGCUUUGCAGGCAGAAGGACCCAGUUUCAAUCCCCGCUGGAAUCUCCAGGUCGGGCUGGGAAACCCUCCCUGCCUGAAACCCAGGAGAGCCAUUGCUGUCAGCCAGUGCAGACAAUACUGAGCUAGAUGGAUCAGGUGUCUGGUUUGGGGAAGGGCUGUAGCUCAGUGACGGAGCCCCGGCUUUGCAUGCAGAAGGUCCGAGGCACAGAAUCCCUAAGUAGGGUUGGGGAGGAAACUUUGCAGAGCCACUGCUGCCAGUCCGUGUCGGCAGACAAGGCUGAGCUAGCUGGAUCAGUGGUCUGACACAACAGCUUCCCAUGUUCCUGUUUAAAUAAGCCCUUUUAUUUGGAACGAUGAGGACUGGCACCUUUAUUUCUCAGGAAACUCUGGAGAGCUGUUGCUCCCAUUGACCCCCAACAUUGGCUACAUGGGGUAGUUGGAGCCUGGUGGUGUUCAAAUGGCCACAUGCUGUUCCCCGUCCUCUGGGAAGAUGAGAAUGCUCUUGGCUGGCAAAUAUUUAUUGAUAUUUAAUCUCAGAAAAAAUGCAGGGCAAAGCCCUCCCGUGGCAGCUUCUGAAGUCAACUCAGACAAUAUAAAAGAAUGUUUCAGAUAUAUUCCAAACAACCCAGUUGCAAAGCUAUUUCUGUAAGGAAGACAACAAAGAAAUAAUAAUAGUAACAACAACAACAACAACAACAAUAAUAAUAGAUACGAGAGCCCCCUUCAGAUAUCUGAAGGGAGCUGUUCAGCAGUGGAACGGAUUCAAUAGCCACCUGUCAGGGCUCCUUUAGCUGUCAUUUCCUGUAUUGCAAGAGGGGGUUGGCCUAGAUGACCUUUGGGGGUCCCUUCCAACUCUACAAUCCUACAAAUAUAAAUAAUAAUAAUCCUGGCCAGCUAACCAGCUAGCUCCCUCCUUCCCUCUAAUCCCCCUCCCUGCCACCCCGUAAAGACCACCUAAUCCCAUUUAGCUCGUGCCCACCCCUGAUUUCCCAUCCGCAAUUACAAACAUCUGCCUUUCCCCUUCCCUUCCAGUCCAAGGUUCAAGCCUCUCCCGCCGCUCAGGUGCCCUGUGGUCAGGCUGUUCCCUUGACUCUGCAAAGGCGUGCCUCUGUAUAUGUUUGUGUUUCGUGGGUAAAGGCAGUAAGUUUUCCCGGAUCUCCCUAUCCUGGGCAUUGAAUAGUUAAGUGUUGGGGAUCUGGGAGGGGCUGUAGCGACUGAUCUCCUCUGCCCACCCCCACCCCAAAAAAGCUGGGAAUUCUCUCUUUCUGCCAACCCCUCUUGUAAUAAGAUCUCUCUAACUAACAAGCAGGGACUGCUUGUCUGCUUAAGUGAAUUUUUCUGGCCUUUGUAGAAAAGCUGCUUUUGGGGGGGGGGGUAUGUAACGGGCAGAGAGGCCUGCGAGGCAGUGGGGGCCCUUGCAUGACUGGCAAGGGGGGGCGCGGGAGAGGUGCUUAGCAUAUUGGCACCAAGGUCGCUUUGCAAUUCGCCUCCUUGCAGCUUCCCAACAACCCUGCCAGGUUGGCCUUGGCAUUUUGCAUUUUAGAGGCAGGGAAGGGAAGAGGAGGCAGUGUGUGAGCCUCAUCCAGCACUCCCCCCCCCCCCAAAAAAAAAAUAAACUUCCUGAUCUACUCAGAAUCUGAGCUUUGGUGGAGAAGGGGGAAGUUGAUAAGCCGCCUGCAUUCCUGUAAUGUUUAACUUUCUUAGAUGUCUGGCAUUAACCAGGGAUUUGAGGGGAGAAGGACUACAGCUGUUGUGGCUGCAGGUGGGGUGCGGAUCAAGCACUGCACCUGGGAUUGCUAGUUCAGGGGGCCCUGCAGGCUACUGGGCAGGGGCCCUUCCUCGCCGCCUGCUUCACCUGGCUGCCAGGUAGCAGAACAAUAGCCAGAGUUUUUGGGUCUGAGCUGAGAUGGAAGCAGCUGGAGAUACAAAGACCUGCUUGCUCUGUGCUGGGCCCAAAACUGCGACUAAGCGAGAUAUUUCGGGGUGUACAUGCUGCGAGCCCCUUUAAAUCCUAUGCUUAAAUUGUACAGGGGUCAGAAUGUCUGGAUAGGACCGGGGGAGACCAGCGUUCGAAUCCUCACUCAGCUACGAAGCUCACUGGGUGUGUGACCUUGGAAGCCGGUCACCCACUCUCAGCCCAGCCUACCUCACAAGGUUGUUGUGAGGAUAAAAUGGGAAGCAGGAGAACUAUGUACACCGGCUUGAGCUCCUUGUGGGGGGGGUGGAUAAAAAUGCAAUAAAACCAUAUAUCUAGAAGACUUUCCCCCCCUUAGGAUACAUUUGCACGUAGCAGCCAACGAAGGCAAGCCCAGAAGUGUGCCGUGAGCACAAGACCACUCGUCCUGCCCCCGGGAACUGGUAUUUGGGGGUUCAUUCAAACAGAGACCCCCCCUCCACUUUGGGGACACCGACAUGCACAAAGCUUCUUUAUUGCUCCAACUUUGCUUGGCACGUAGGCAAGCUUUCAGAGUUUCACCGAACUGUUAGUCAGCCGGGGACCGUUCCAGGUGUUCCAGAGAAUGAGUGUGUGCGUCUGAUCCAUGGGCCUACUUAUUCACGGAGCGGAAAAGACGCCCGCGAGGCAGAUUGACAGCAGCUUUUCCAGUUCAAGAGCCCCGUCCUUGCGUAACCGUUUCCAGAGCGUUGCUGCGAAAACAAAACCCGAGUUCUUGUGCGCACCUUGAAGGCCGGCGAGCCUUUUAAACCCACGGAAAGCCUUUGCUAGAAUAAAUUUUGUGUGAGUCUCCCGGGUGUGGCACAGGCGUUUGGGUCGGCCUGUGCACUCUGUGUGUGUGUUUGGGUCAUAGUAGUUUCGUGCGAUUUCAUAGCUAUCUUUGCAAGCCUCCUCUUACCUUGGGGGGUUCAGGUUUUGCAUUCCUUUGGUGAGUUCUGCAUGUUUCCAACCCUCUCGCGCUGAAGUGUUGAGGCUGAAUUGAUGCAAUACGUUUGUUCUUUUGUUUUAUUUACUGCAUUUAUAUCCCGGGUUUUUCUCCAAGGAGCUCAAGGUGGCAUCCAUGGCUCCCCCCUCCCCCCAAUUUAAUCCCCACAACAACAUCCCUGCAAGGUAUGUUAGGCUGAGAGAGGCAGUGAUUGGCCCCCAGUGUCAAACCCAGUGAACUGUGGCGAUUUGAACCCUGGUCUCCCAGGUCCUACUCCUCAUCUAGUCCCUACAACAACCCAGCGAGGUAGGUCAGGCUGAGAGUCGGUGACCGGCCCCCAAGGUCACCACUUGAGAGCUUCAUGGCAGAGUGGGGGGGAAUUUGAACCCUGGUCUCUCCCAGGUCUUUGCCCAAUAUUCUGACCACUGCACACUAGCUUUCCGUGAACCGGUGCGUGCGAUUUCAUAGGGACACUUCUUGUCUCUCUGUCUUUCACAGACACAUCCUUCUGACUAAACUUUUCUGCUCCUUUGCAGACACCCUGAACCUUUCCUUUUUGGCUGAUCUUUUCCUGGGGUUCUGGGUUCAAGCCUUGCGGAGUGAGGGGAUUUGGAUAGGCAUGUCUUUGCUUGCCUGGCCCUUGAUGCACAACUGUGUGUGAGAGAGAGAUAAUGAGGGAGACAUAAAAGGGUUUUGUGUUUUCAAGAAUGCAGAAAGCAUUUUUUCCGCCCCUGACUUCCUUCAUUCCACUGUGGCCUCCCCAGAGAGAGAGCAGAUCCAUAGGGGGCUGAUUGGAGGGGGAGAGGCGCACAGGUGUGGGGAGGGGCAGAGUCAAGAGCCCAAAGCCAAGGAGCUGGAUUCCACCUUAAGGCUACGAGAUCCUGUGCCUGGGACCCCAAAGGGUCAUCCAGUCCAACCCCCUGAAUUGCAGUUGAAAUCCAGCCCCCUCUUGUGGGUUGGGCUUGAGCUUGGAGUCAGGACACAAGAGGGCUGGAAAGAAGGGGGAGAGAAGAAGCCGCCUUUAGAUCAAGUUAGAUCAUUGGUCCACCUUGCUCAGCGCCAGCCACACUGACUGGCAGCAGCUCUCUGGGGUUUCCCCCAGCCCUGCCCGGCGAUGUUGUCAGGAGUUGAACCCGGCACCUUCUGCGUGCAAAGCUGAAAGUGCUUUGCUUCCCGUACCUUUUAAAAAGAACGCACUAUUCUAGUCCUCAAGGUCGUGAGUAGGAGGCUGAUUUGAACAGGAGCAAAGGAAGAUGGUACAUAGGUCCAGCUAGCUCUUUACUGCUUACAUUGACUGGCAGAGGCUCUCCAGGGUUUCAGGCAAGGGGCACCCCCAGCCCUUCUGCAUGCCAAGCAGCUGUCCUGACACCCUGAAGACAGGCGAUUGAGCCACCUUGCUGUUCCUACUUGGAAAAUGGAUGUAAUCAGGCUACCUUCCUGGGGUGUUUUACCUGGAAGGAAUGGUUAGGAGGUGAUUUUUAUGCUCAAAGGAGGAGGGCAGGGUCUCUCUCCCUGCAGAGCUCAGCUCCAGGGGUGCAAAGGGUUAAAUCUAGAGGGUCUGGAAAUUCCCAAGGUGGGGGGUGCUGCAGAUUAAUCCCCACCACAGCCUGCUGGGCCCAUCACACUUGGCUGGGCAGGGAAUGCGCUGAGGCAGCAGCCUGGGAAGGGCAGAAAAACCGGUUCCCCCCCUCCCCAACCUUCAGCCAUGCAGACGGAGGUCAACUCUGCCCCACAGCUGGGCUGCCUGCUCCCUCCAGCUUGCCUUUCAGCAGUUCUCCCCUCCACCUCCAUGCUUGCAUCGGCUCAGGGAGAUGCACUCUGCAUACACACAGAGGCUUCCCGGGGCCACUGAGCACGGGCAGCGUCCUUUGUUCCUAUUUCAAGAAGCCCUUAAUUCGGAACCAUGAGGACUAGAACCUUAGCUGUCUCUUUUAUUUAAAAAAAAGGAAAGGCCAUAGCUCUGUGUGCAUCCCCACAUUUUUGGUGCCCCCUUGCCCCGAGACCCAGCUGGGCUUGCAGAUUGUGGGGGGCAAACCCCUAGGCCAGUGCUCUGUUCCUUCAAGGGGCGAAGUGCUUGGGGAAGGGAGAGAGGAAGCCUACAAUUCCCAUCACCCCUGACCACUGGUCCUGCUAGCUAGGGAUCAUGGGACUUGUAGGCCAAAAACAUCUGGAGGAAGCCUGCUCUAGUGCCUUUAGCUAGUCCCAAGCCAGUCCUUUUAUGCUCAGCCAAGGCUUCCAGUCUCCCCCCCCCCCAGCAAUUCUUCCAAAAGCUUUGCCCCGAUUCCUGCAUUGCAGGGGGUUGGACUAGAUGACCCGUGGGCCCCUCUCAGCUAUGAUUCUAUUAUUCUGCCUGGCUUGCCUCAGAGAGCAAGCUUUUGGGGCGACCUGCCGCCUCUCCGUGCCCCUGCCUUCAUCACACUCAAGCAAAUGUGGAAUCUUUAUCGUGGCGUUGCUUAAAAUGUAUAUAGAAAGUGCAGUGUAAGCGAUGGAAGUCAAUCAAUGAAAUUUUAUUAUUAUUUUCAUAUUGAGAUAUUUGUAGAAUAAACUUGGAAAAAAUUCUUCCAACUUUUCUUCUUUUUUUCUCUUUAUUUUUUCUUCUUUUUUUGUUCCUUUUUUCAUAUAUAUAUAUAUAUGUGUUUAUUUGAAAUAUAUAUGUAUGUAUGUAUCCAGCGCCGAUGGCCUUCUGGCGGUUCCCUCAUUGCGAGAAGUGAGGUUACAGGGAACCAGACAGAGGGCCUUCUCAGUAGUGGCGCCCACCCUGUGGAACGCCCUCCCACCAGAUGUGAAGGAAAUAAGCAGCUAGCUUCUCUUUAAAAGACAUCUGAAGGCAUCCCUGUUUAGGGAAGUUUUUAAUAUUUGAUGCUGUAUUGUUUUUAACACUUGAUUUGAAGCCGUCCAGAGUGGCUGGGGAGACUCAGCCAGAUGGGCAGGGUAUAAACAAUUAUUAUUAUUAUUAUUAUUAUUAUUAUUAUUAUUAUUAUCAUCAUCAUCAUCAUCAUCAUCAUUAUCAUCUGCAAUAUUUUGCUUAUAUUUUGUAACAAUUAUGUUAAAUUAAAAAAAUUAAUAAGAUUUAGAAGAAGAAGAAGAAAAGAAUUGUGGAGUUGCAAGGGACCCUGGGGGUCAUCUAGUCCAACCCACCCUGCAGCGCAGGAAUCCCAGCUGAAUCACAUCUCUUGGCUGAGGGAGGAGAGGCAGUCGCCCGGCUCCAUGUGUGUGUUCCUUCCCAGACAGGUCACACACGCUGCGCCCGCUGGCCGUUGCUGCAAGUUUUUCCUUGCCAAGGAUCAUAGCUGCUUGGCGCAGCGUGUCCCGGCCAGGGGUGGCCCCAAAGGACCUCUGCGCUUUCCCGUUGGCCGCCAGGCCCUGCUUGGCUUGGGAGAGAGAGCAGCAUCGGUGGCAGCCGAUCUGAUGGAGUCGAGCCAGAGCAGUAACUGGCACUGAAAAUAAAGCUGCCCGUCUCAUGAUGCCAUUGCACAAACCUGUGGUGCAGCCGCGUUUGAAGCGCCGCUGACCGUUCCGGUCGCCUCGCCUCAAAAAGGAGAUUGUCGAGUUGGAAAAGGGGUGAGCGAAAUGAUUGAGGGGAGGGAGCGUCUCCCCUCUGAAGAAAGGAGGCAGCGUUUGGGACCUUUUAGCUUGGAGGAAAGGCGAGGAAGAGGCAACGCGAUGGCAGUUUAUCCAAUUUUGCAUGGCAUCGAGGAAAGUGGAAAGAGAGAGAAGUUUUCCUCUUUCAUAACCUUAGAAGUCGUGGAGGAAGAGUCAGGAGAGGUCAAAGAAAGGACCUGGUCAUGCAGAGCGUAGUUAAACUGUGGAACUCACUGCCACAAGAGGGACUGACGGCCACAAACUGGGGUGGCUUUAAAUGUGAACUCUGCCAGUUCCUGGAGAAGAGGGCGAUGGACAGCUCUGCUCUGCCUCCACAGUCAGUCUUGCUUCUGAACGGCAGUUCCUGGACACGGCAGGAGGGGACAGUUGCUCUUGUGUGCGAAUCCUGUUUCCUGGUUUCCCUUUGGCUAUCUGGUUGGCCACUGUGAGAACAGGAGGCUGGCCCAGGUGGGCCAUUGGCUCUUCUUAGUGAUAUAAGGAUUAGAGACCCAAGGUGUAUAUUUUUGAUUUUAAUAACAUUUCGGUGUUUCACUUUAUUUGCAUGUAACUUUUUUUGUUUUUGUUUUAAUUAUUAUUGAUACAGCAAGAAAAAAAGAAAAAACACAAAUACCAAAUUACACACAGGAAUGACCAUAGACACAUAAUUUUCUUAACAAACAAUAAAACAUAUAUUGGUCUUAACACUAAAGACCCAACCUCCCGUCUAUUCCAUAUUUCGAUUUCAUAUUACUUAUUGCCAAUACACACUUUUAUCCUAAUUAAAAUUUUUCUUAAUAGAUCUAAUUCCUUAUAUCUACCUUGCAACUAUUACUGAAGUUCCUCGAAUGCUGCAACAGAAUUUAAACUACUAUAUUUAUUUUUCAAAUAUCUUUGAAAACCUCCCAUUUUGAAACAAAUUCCUGUUUUGAUUAUGUAGCGUUUUAGAAUGCAUUCGGCUUGAAUUUGUCGCCUGCGGUUUGUCCCCCUCAUGCCACCUCCAUUCCCACGUUACCUGACCUUCGAAGGGCAAAGGAUGUUUUGCCAAGAGUUGCACAGGCUCUCCUUGAAGCUUGGUGAGACGCCGGAAGAGGAGAUGGGGGAGAGAUUUAUGACGCUGCUCCCUUCUUACUGAAGGUCUGGCUGCCUAGACGCAACUGUCCGAUAAGCUGUACGUUGAGACCAAAUGUUUUGGGACCUCGCUAGAAAGUUGACGCCAGUGUGGAGUCGUGUAUCUCAGUCGGUCGAGCAUCAGACUUUUAAUCUCGGGUCCCACAUUGGGCAAAAGAUUCCUGCAUUGCAGGGGGUGGGACUAGAUGACCCUCGUGAUCCCUUCCUGUGAUUCUGUGAUCUUUGUAUCUCAUGACCUGUAACCUUUCCUGACGUAUGUUUAAGAAUGCAUAGAUGUUUUAUGACUCUUUGCCAUGUUUGAACUGCUAUAUAAUCUUUUGUCCUGAAGUGCCCCAGGGCACACCUCUCUUGGCACGUUGGGCUGAGCUCUGUCCUAUUGCAAUCCAGUCGUACCUUGGAAGUCGAACGGAAUCUGUUCCGGAAGUCCGCGUGGCUUCUGAUUGGUUGCGGGAAGCUCCUGCAGCCAAUCGGAAGCCGCGGAAGCCCUGUCGGACGUUCAGCUUCCGAAAGAACAUUCAGAAACCGGAACAGUCACUUCCGGGUUUUGAUCGUUUGGGAGCCGAAACAUUCGAGAACUAGGCUGUUUGAAAACCAAGGUACGGCUGUAGAAAUAAAUGUUGGGUCCUCCUGGAUGCUGGACUUGGAAUUAGUUUCCUUGGUUUAUUUAAGUGGUGGUGUCUCACCUGCAUAACGAACAAAGGGCUGUCGAAGUGAAUUCUUACAUUCUUAAGUUCCAGAAGAAUCGUUGCCCCAGGGAGAUUACAGUUUGUGGCAGACAUAGCUUGAGUGUCAUCCCUGCUGCUGAUCCAUCGUGGCUUCUCUGUGAUGGAUACAUAGGCCCAGUGGAGACCCAGAUCCCACGACCCCCCAGGAGCCAAGUUCUCUGCCUGGUCCACAGCCCACUGGGCCAGGUGUCGUGCCUGUCAUGGGCUCCCUGGCUCAGAGGAGAAGCUGAGGGCAGCGCCGUGCGCAAGUGGAGCGACCUGGUGUGCUUGGCGAUGCCGUUUGGAGGGGCUGCUGGCGUCGGAGUCCCCGGGUGCAAAUAAGAGAGAGGAACUUUGGGCCGGCUGGCGUUUCAUUAGGCAAGAGCCACAGUGGCUCCACUCUCCCAGUAAAGUUACUGAGGAUCGCAACUGGGGCGGGGAGUCUUCCUCCCUCUCUCCCAACACUAGAACUUGUGAAGAUGAGCGCUGGAAGGUUCAGGACGGAGAAAAGGAAACCCUUCUUCAUGCAGCGCAUAGUUAAACUCUGGAACUCCCUGCCACUGGAGCAAUGGAUACCCACCGUAAUGGCUUUCAAAGAGGAUCAAAUUUAUGGAAGAGGAGAAGACUGUGAAUGGCUGCAAGCCAGGAUGGCUCCACGGUCAGAGGCAGCGAUGGUGAUGCAGCCUAGGACCCAUGUACCUAUGGGACCGCCUCUCCUGGUAUGCCCCGUGGAGGACCUUAAGGUCCACGAAUAACAACACUUUGGAGGUCCCAAGCCUCAAGGAGGUUAGAUUGGUUUCACGUAGGGUCAGGGCCUUUUCGGCUGUGGCCCCGAUUUGGUGGAACGCUCUGUCACAAGAGACCAGGGCCCUGCAGGACUGGACAUCUUUCCGCAGGGCCUGCAAGGCAGAGCUGUUCCACCUGGCCUUUGGUUUGGACUCAGUCUGACCCUUAUGUUUCCCUCCCCUUAUGGUCUUGAUUUAUCGGCUACUUUAAAACGAGGCUGCAUUUUAAAUUGCAUUUUAACCUGUAUUUUAAAUUGGUUCCCCCCCCUUCUCUUUUUCUCCUGAUUUUACUGUGAUUUUAUUGGUGUUAGCUGCCCUGAGCCUGGCUCUGGCUCUGGCUGGGGAGGGCGGGGUAUAAAUAAAAAUUAUUAUUAUUAUUAUUAUUAUUAUUAUCAUCAUCAUCCCUGUUGCUGGAAGCCGCAGGAAAGGAGAGAAUUGCUCUUGCGCCCGAAUCCUGCUUGUGGGUUUCCCACUGGGGUAUCUGGUUGGCCCCUGUGAGGACAGGAUCCUGGACUGGGUGGGACCCCCUUUGGCCUGAUCCAGGCGUCAGGCUCCCCUCCAUCCUGCCGCAGUCUCACGUCUUGUUCUGGUGUGAAGGAGCUCUCUUGUCUCCUGGCCAAACCACAGACAAGGGCUUGGCUCUCUCCCUUCGCUGGCAGCCUCUUCUCGGAUCCAGCCCCCAGCAGCUGCCUGGUUUUUCCCACAGCUGCCACCCCUGGUUUCAAGUUUCCUGGAGCCGGCAAAGUUGUUUUUCAUCAUCUGUCGGGCCGGCUUUGUUUCAGCAGCUCUAAAAGACACAGCCAUAAGCAGUCCUAGAAUCAGAGCGUUGGAAGAGGACCCCUAAGGUCUUCUAGUCCAACCACCUGCCCUGCAAAUCGGAAUAUUGUGAGAGCCAUGCCAGGCCAGAGUUUUGGGUUUGGCGAGUAAAGAGGCAACACAACGGGAAAUUUAUGAAUGGAGGAUGCGAAGAGAGAAAAGCUCUUCUCAUAACACCGGAACCAUGAAUGCUGGAAGAUCCAGGAGAGGGGAAAGGAAGGAAUUAGUCACGUAGCGCGGGGUUAAACUGUGGAACUCCCUGCCACAGGAGGCAGAGAUGGCUGCCAACCUGUGUGAUAGGAAUUUUGAGGUCUUAGAUAUAUGUUAAAUGUUCAUAAGUGUACCAACCAAGCACUUACAUAGAUCAGCACAGGAAGGCCAACCUGAACCCAUUUUGAUUCCCAAACUGAGCAAAUGUUUUUCUGCAAGGUCAAAGGAAAAUGGAAAAGCCUCCCCAUUGUCUUUUCCUUCACAAAUCCUGUCAUAAGGGCACAUUUGGCUCAGGAACUAAGUAUUUAUCAUUGCAAAAGACUGGCCAGGCAAUCCAAUCAAGUGACCAUUAAACCGGUAACCUGGCAGACAGGAGGUAAACAAAGCACUCAGAUUUCUGCUGUAGUCCGUCCUUUCUGUGAUGUAGGUAUGAUGUAUCGGGGUGGUGGUCUUGGGUUAUACCCCUUCUGUGAUGUAUGUAUGAUGUUUCUGGGGGUGGUCUUGAUCUACAGGGUGGCAAAUUCAAAAGUCUAUAUAAGGGCUUGCACACCUGGGUUCUGGUUACCUCAGACUUACUGCAGUAGCAAAAUUUCAAAAUGUAGUAUUUUUGUUUUGCUUUGUUUUGAAUGUGUCUGGUUGACCACCACUUAGUUCAGAUGCCAGGAGCACCCCAACAGACUCCCAAUUUGUGCCUAGCCAGCAGGCGUAGUGGUUAGCGAUGGAUUAUAGGACUCUGGGAGACCGGGUGCGAAUCCCCACUCUGCCCAUCUGGAAGCUCGCCAGGGCAACUUUGGGCCUUCUCAGCCUGGUUUCCCUCACAGGGUUGUUGUGAAAUGGGGAGAGAGUCCUGUGGGGCAGCCCCCCAAGAUCCUUGGUGCGAAGGUGGGAUGAAGAGGUGAUAACAAAUAGGUCAGAGUGACCGUUUUUCAAAUACACAGCACGAAUUUACCUCUUAUACAAAUAUUGCGGCACAGUAUAUGCAAAUGUCUGGCUUAUUUAAAACUAUAUAGAACCUUUAUUCUCAAGAAUAAUGGAGCUCACAGGUGCAGAAUAUCUUUUGAAUAUUAAUCUUCCUUGUAAAAGGAAUCGUUGUACGAGUUGAUAUUUAUUUAUCCUUUUGGAGCUUUGCUGUAUCCUUGUACUUUUGUCCUUCCAGCCUGUGACGCUUUAUGGUUUAAUUCUUUCUUUUCUUCUGUUUUGUGUGCACUUUUUGUUGCUGUUAACACUUUUUAAAAACCCCACACAGAUCAGAGAAAAUAAAGGAAAUCCCUGUUAGAGAGUGCUUGGAUGGGGGGGGUAUAUUAGGAAACAUCUUACGAGACAGUUUGGAGCCGGGGUGGCCUAGUGGUUAAGAGUCUCGGACUAGGACCUGGGAGAGACCCGAGUUCGAAUCCUCACUCAGAAGCCAGACCUUGGAAGCUAGUCACGGCCUCUCAGCCUGCCUUGGAGGGUUGUUGGGUGGAUUAAAUGAGGAGCGGGGAGAACUUUGUAGGCCACCUUGAGCUCCUUGGAGAAUAAAGGUGAGCUAUAAAUGCCCCACUUUGGCCGCUGGGUCUCCAUUUCCUCUGCAAAGCCGGGACUGGAGUGUUAACUUUGCAGGGCCCCCGUGGCGUGAAGCUGGGGGGUGACACACGGUGGGAAAUGGGGCAGGGCUUGGCCUGACAGAUGUGACACUGGGAUUAGCAGGAUUUGGCCCUCUUCCCAGCUCGCUCUUGCUUCCGCCCGGUUGCUCCCGACUAUUGAGGUUUGUUUGUUUUAGUCCUCCCCCCCCCCCAACCACCACCCUUGCGUGCCACUCCUGGGGCUCUGCUGCCCACGCGGCAGGUGGUUUAUGGGGCCGGCUGUGUCCCCCCACCGAGUGAGGAUUUCAGACAGAUGGAAGGGAUUAGAGGAGCCCGGCUGCUUCCUCUCCCUGGCAGAGACCUCCCCAGGUAGAGAGGCAGGGAGCGUUUGCCACAAGAGUGGUUUCGGGAGACUUUCAGAAAGAAUUUUCCUUCCGUUAGGUCCAUCAAGCUCAGUGAUGCCUGCACUGACUGGCAGCAGCGAAUCGCCAUGGUUUCAGGCAGGGGGACGUUUGCCAGUCCCCGUGUAUUAUUAUAUUUCAUUUCAUUUAUAAAUGAUUGUAAAGGGGGGGGAAGAAGUGGUUUACGAAAAGGAUAAACCUGUAAAAUUAUCCCUUAGGGAAAAUUUGACAACCGUAGCUGAAGACAACUCGAAAAGUUAAAAUAGCUGUAGACUGAAAAGCAAGCGAGAAUGUUUUGAGCUGGUACAGGGAAUGGGCUUGCCUUGUAUCAAUAGGCAGGGAGUUCCAAAGUGCGGCUGCUGCUGCCCAAAAAGAUUUGAGUUCUUGCAAAUGUGGAACGGGCCUUGUGUGGCACCCGUUAACAGUGCCAGUUUCGCCAAUCGAAGCGGGUGCGUGGGCACAGAUGGGAAGGGCGGUCUCUACCGGGAGAUGCUGCUAGGAAUUGAACCUUCUGCAUGCAGAACACGUGUCCUAACACUGGCCCUUCCCCCCGAUAAAAUAAGAUCCCAUUCCUCAUGUUUCCAAGGAAAGUAAUAACUUGUGCAAAAUGAGGACAAAUUGGUGAAUGUGUUUUUAUUGGCAUGACAUAUGUGGGAGAUGGCUGGUUUUGUAGUGGGGAGUACAGACUAUGGGGGGGGAGGAGCUUAAUUGGAAGAGCCAUUGGCUGAGCUGCUGUGAUGUCACAGAAGCUCCCGGGAUGGUCAGCUUCUCAACCUCUUCCUUUUCCUCCUGCAGCGAGGGGGUCUUCAAGUGUCCAGAGGACCAGCUGCCCCUUGACUACGCCAAGGUGAGUGCCCCUCACCUAAGGAACCCCUUCCUUCUACUAGCUGAAACGUUGGUAGGCACUGAGGGCUACAGGGAGGCCCUCUUCCUCUCCCCCACUUGCCUCCCUCUCUCCUCACCUAAAGACACCUAGUUUGUACAGUAAAAUCCAUAUUUAAAAAGUUAAUAAUUAACCGUUGUGGAAAGAUACUGUUCUUAAUUGCCUGGCAGAAUAGAAGCGCUUUCGUCAGGCAUUUAAAUGUUAGAACAGAAGGUGCUUCUUGUCAGUCACUCUUGAUAGAGAGAGAGAGAGAGAGAGAGAGAGAGAGAGAGAGAGAUUGUAUGAAUAAUAAUAAUAAUAAUAAUAAUAAUAAUAAUUUUUAUUUAUACCCUGCCCUCCCUAGCGAAGACUGGGCUCAGGGCGGCUAACACCAAAUAUAAAACAAUUGUUUGAAAUACAACUUGAAAACAAGAUUAAAAGACAACCUUAAAAUGCAGCCUCAUUUCAGCAGAAACUCAAAAACUUUUUGGGGGAUAAAAACAUCGAGUCUUCACCAAGGCUAACUAGCCAGACUGGUCCUACGUGGGCCAGAAAAAAGCCAGGGAAGUCCCCAAGUAGGGGUUCCAUCACAGAAGGAAAGAGGAAAAAAGAAUAUAUAUAAAUACUUUUAAACAAAUAAAUGGAUCAAUGAAACAAGGCACUCUGCAUGUGGUGGGUUCUGCAUUCAAAACUCAUCCCCUUGAAAGCUGCCCCGCGUUUUGUAUUUUGUAUUGUAUUGUAUUGUCCAUUGAAAUACCAAAAACCCACAGAACCCUUUUUAUGUACGCAGCCACAGUGGCUAGGAUUUUAAUAGCAAAAAAUUGGAAAGGCGGCUUAAUCUCCAAUGGCAAGUGAAUUUGCGAAAAUGACUGGGAGAAUAAGAGGAGACUUAAACCAGAAAGGCAACAAAGAUUGGAUAAUAUUGAAAGAAUACCUUAGAAAGUAGUAUGAUAAUGCAAAUCUCUUGACAGAUUUGAAGUAUAAGGAAACUAUAAAAGUAAAAUUUCUUUUGAUAAGUAACAGAAAAAUAAUAAUAAUGAAGUGCGUAUAGAUUAAUAAAGUGUAAAAAGUACAAUGAGAUGAAUCGGAAGUUAGUGAUAUGUUGUUAGUUAGUGUCUGCGUUUGUUUCUGUGGGGGUUUUUUGUCCUGAUUGUGUUACGUGUAAAUUGUUUUGUAAUAAAUAAUUGUUUUAAUCAAAAUAAGGAAAGAAUUCUGUCCUGCAGGGGCUUUUUUGCGUCUCAUAUUUCCCCCUUCCUUUCCCAGAUCUACCCAGACCCAGAACUGGAGGCUCAGGUCCUGAGCUUAACCAUCCGGUGCAUACACAGCGAGGAGGGGUGCCGCUGGAGCGGGACCGUCCGCCAUCUGCAGGUGAGGAGACAGGCUGGAAAAACCAGGGAUGGGGAGCCCUCAGCCCUCCUGGGAUCGGUGGGGUAUGGUGCUCGUCUUCCCUUGACCUAAUGUGGUCCAUCCCUUAAAAAGUAAGGUUAAGGUUGUAGUCCUCAUGGCUUUGAAUAAAGCAUUGUGGAUCAGAGGGCUGGGCUUCAGUCCUUAAAAAUAAGGUUAAGACUGUAGUCCCCAUGGUUCUGGACCACAGAGCUGGGGCCCAUUCCUUAAAAAGGAAGUUAUAAUGGGUUUUGGUUUUUUUUAGGUUUUUAUUUAUACUUUCCCAAUUUCUACAUUUCAUUAGUUUUACAAUCAGUUUGACAUUCCAGCAUUUGACUUCCUUCCCCCUCUUUUGGUGGUUCCUUAAAUUUAUUUCUUAAUAUCUUCUGCAUAUCCAAGUUUGUUUAACUUACUCAUUUUAUUAUCUACUGUAGAUAUAUACUCUUUUAAAACUGCAGGUUAUUACACUAAUCCUGCUAAUGUUUUUAUCUGUUUACAAUUUAUCUGUAAAUAUUCAAUCAACCAUUUCCAUUCUUUUACAAAAAGUUUGUUAUCUUGAUUUCUUCUUCUUCCUGUGAGUUUCGCCACUUCUGCAUUAUUCCAUAAGUUUCUGUAUCCAUUCUUCCUUUGCUGGGACAUCUUUUUAACAAUUUUGGGCAAGUGACAUUCUUGCUGCUGUAGUAGCAGACAUGAAUAAAUUUCUGUACAAUUCAGGUAGUUCUGUCCCUACAAGUCCUAAAACUUUUAGGAAGUUAAGAUGAUAGUCCUCAUGGUUCUGGGUUAAGGGUUUGAAAUAGGAUCUCUUCGGCAGAGUCAGACCAUUGGCCUGUGUAGCUCAAUAUUGCCUACACUGGCUGGCAGCAGCCCUCCACGAAGGGUAUCUUAGCUUAGACCUCCCUGAGAAUCAAACCUGGUGUCCCUGGCUUCCCUGACCUGUGUGAAGAGGGCUGGGGAAAGGAAGAAGUUUUCUGGCUGACCCCCCCCCCCCGUCUUGCCCAGGUGCACCUUGGGACGUGCAGCUACAACGUGGUGCCCUGCCCCAACCGCUGUGGGGCCAAGCUGAGCCGCCGGGACCUCCCGCCCCACGUUCAGCACGACUGCCCCCAGCGCCACCUCAAGUGCGAGUUCUGCGGGGCCGACUUCACGGGGGAAGCCUACGAGGUGAGGAGGCGGGGCCGGAGGGGCGGGGAUUGGGAAACGGGGCGGGGUCUCUUGGCCGUGGGGCAGCCAGGGCAUCCGUGGAGCAAAACAUUGGGGUCCGUUUCCGUUGUCAGGAUAGACCCUCGUCCAAAAGGCACCCGCCUCAGGCCACUCGCCAGCCCUGCUGAGCUGCUGCCAUUGGCUGAGCUGCUGUGAUGUCACAAAGCUCCUCGGAAUGUCAGGGGCAUCUAAGAGGCGAGGGAAGGCUUAGCAUUAGAAUGGGGAGACAAGGACAGGUGGUGAGGUUGGUUUGUUUUGUAAGGGGAGAGAGGCCAGUUGGCUGAGAUUUAGCCCAGAAAAAGAGGAGGGGCUCUUUGACUUCCAGAAGUCCAUUCGACUUCCAAAUUUAUUAAAUCCAUUUUUAAUAUUAUUAUUCUUAAUUCAUUAAAAUGUCACAAUGCAGUGCUUGGAGCUUGAGGUCCUGUCUGGAUGUUUACUUUCUGAUUUUCAAGUCGAGCAAAUGGUGAGAAAGACAAAACCGGUCUCUGUCUGUGCUCCUGUCAGUAACUGUCAUGCAGUGAUUUGCUAUUGUGUGCUUUUAAUGAAUUUUUUUAAAUGGAUUUAAUAAAUUUUUAUUCGUAUGUUUUCACUGCCAGCAUGCCAGUAAUCUAACAUAUAUUUAAACGUAAAUAAAUGGGGGUGGGGCCAGAAAACCAGGGAGAGAUCCUCAGCUACAGACCUUCGCCUAAAAUAAUAAUAAUAAUUGAGAUUCCUGGUCCUCAUGGGCCUCAGUUAAGGAACACAGGAAGCUGCCAAAUGCUGCCAGACCUUUGGCCCUCCUAGCGAGGUGUUGUUCACACUAGCCGGCAGCAGCUGUCCUGGGUUUCAGGCCGGGACUCUCCCCAGCGCUGCCUGGAGAUGGUUUGAACCUGCCAAGCAGCUGUUCUGCCCUUGAGCUGUGGCCCCUCCCGCAGAGAGGAUGCCCAGGCAGGAGGGGUCCUUCUGGUGCCCCCUCCCUCCGUAUUAACCCCAUGGCCUCUCCCCCUCUUCCCCAUCCCCCCAGAACCACCAGGGCCUCUGUCCCCAGGAGAGCGUCUACUGUGAAAACAAGUGCGGCGCCCGGAUGAUGCGACGGCUGCUGUCUCAGCACAUGCUCUCUGAGUGCCCCAAGCGCACGCAGCCCUGCGGCUACUGCAGCAAGGAGUUCCUGUACGACACCAUCCAGGUGGGAUCCGGGAGAAGGCGGGACCUGCGACAGGGGGACAGGGGGGCGGGAGGACCAGGGGAGCCCUUGGCAAGCUCCAGAACAUAGCAGAAUGGCUUCUUUCCCUUUCCCUUUAAUUUGCUCUUUUAAAUACUACUACUACUAAUAAUAAUAAUUUUAUUAUUUAUACCCUGAUUUACCCAGCCACUCUGGGCAGCUUACAACAUUUCUAAAAACAUCAAGCAUUAAAAACCUCCCAAUACAGGGCUGCUUUCGUUUCCUUAUUUACAUUAGUUUUCCAAAUCUUACCGUAUUAUGAAUUUAGAUUCUGAUAGGAAGCUGUGUUGGUAUGACGCAGAAGAAAUAAAUUUAAAAAAUUGUCCAGCAAACUUAGUUGGUCUCUAAGGUGCUACUGGACAAUUUUUAUUUUUUUAAAAUUUGUUUCAUCUGUAUUAUGAAAAACUUUAAUAAAAAAAUCUUACAUCAAGCAUUAAAAAGCUCCUAAUACAGGGCUGUUUUCUUUUUCUUAUUUACAUUAGUUUUCCAAAUCUUACUUAUUAUGAAAAACCUUAACAAAAAUCUUGCAUCAGGAUUUAAUAGAACUGUUAAUAGAGUCGGGAGGGCCCCCCACGGAGCAUCUACUCCAACCCCCUGCAGUGCAGGAUUUGCAGCUAAAAAAACCUCCCAACCUUAGAAACCUCCCAAGAAUCCUAGAAUUGCAGAGCUGAAGAGGGACCCCGCCCCCCGGGCUCACCUAGUUCUCUAGUCUACCCCCUUGCAAACUGUCUCGGAGUUUGUCUGAAUCCUCUUCCUCCGCUCCCCCAGAACCACGAGUAUCAGUGCCCGCGUUACCCCGUGCCUUGCCCGAACCAGUGUGGGGUGCCCAGCAUCGCCAGGGAAGACCUCAGCGGGCACUUGAAAGAGAACUGCACCACGGCGCUGGCGCUCUGCCCCUUCAAAGAAGCUGGCUGCAAGCACCGGGUAAGGCCUUCCUCCUCCCUUCGCGCAGCCUUUCCUUUACUGCUGUGCCUGCCCCUCGCCCCAGUCUCGCUCUCUGACAAGGCCGGGCAUCCAAAAACCCUCUCCGCUGUGGCACAAGCCCUUUCAGAGUUACUGCCGUGUUAUUUUCAGAGUCAUCGCCAUGGCCAGCUCUUCCUCACAGGGUUGUUGUGAGUUUAAGGGGGAGAGAUGUGUACACUGCCUUCAGCUCUGAGGGGGGAAUAUAAUAAAAGAGAAUGAGAGGGGUGAUUUAAAAAGGGGACAGGUUUUCUGAAAUGGGGAGGUCCAUUUUGGAAAACUCUUUUACCCAUUUUUCUGGGUCCCCAGUUCCCAUUUUAUUUGUGGGCAUUAUCAAUUAACUAGAAGGGCUUUUGAGGACUGUGUUAAAGCCCUUCUAGAUCAUUGCAGGUUUGGAACAGGUCCUCCUUCACCGCAGGGCUGUCGUUGACUUGUCGGACCUCGCUGCUGCCUCAGGAUGUGUCUUACAAUGGCCGUAGGCUGAGAGGGCUUUUAAUAAAGGGGGGUUAGGCAAAUUUCUGGAAGAGGAAGAGGCAAUCAAAGGCUGCUUGGUGUGGAGGCUCAGUGGAGCCUCCAGGAUGCAAAGCAGUCUACCUCUGAAUGCCAGAGUCUGGGGCAAGUGAGGAGAAGGCAGCUGCUUGGCCACUGGAGGAAACGAGAGGCUGCUGGAUAACAACCCUCAGAGUGGUUUACAAAGAGAAUAAAACAAUAAAAUUAUCAUUAAAGCAGCUCUUUAAAACACCCCAAAGAUAAAAUCAACAACAAACUAGAAACAAGUUAAAACUUGUCCCAGCUUUCUAAACAUCUGGGUAGGCUUGUUUAGACAAAAAUGUCUCCAGCAGGCGCCGAAAAGAGGACGGCAAAGGCUCCUGCCGGAUAUCAAUAGGCAGGGAGUUCCAAAGUGCAGGUUCUGCCACACUAAAGGACCAAGUUCUUAUAAACGCAGAAGGGGUCUCACGUGGCAGAGGUAACAAUUCUGGUUCUCCCAAUCGAAGAGGCCUAGAUGGGGUAAACGGAUCUCACAGGUAAAUUGGCCCCAAGUUGUCAAGGGCUUUGUAUAUUAAUAGCAACGCCUUGAACGUGGCCCGAAAGCAAGUGCAGUUCUCUGAGCGCAGGAGUUAAGUGCCGACAAGGCCUCCCUCCUGUCAGCAACCGGGCUGCAGCAUCCUGCACCGACGGCAGCUUCUGGAUCAGUUGUGAGGGAAGCCCCGCCUAGAGCGCAUUGCAGUAGUCCAGUGUUGAGGUCCCUGUGCAAGAAAGGCAGGAGGGGGAAGCUGUGGCCACAAUCCUGGGUGGCUUUGAAAGAGGACUAGGCAGAUCCAGGGAGAAGGAGAAGGCUGUUGAUGACCACCAACCAGUCAGAGACAGAUCCUGCUUGCAGGUUUCCCAUAAUAGACAUCUGGCCGGCCACUGUGAGAACAGGAGGCUGCGCUAGCUGAGCAACUGGCCUGAAGCAGCGAGAUGUUCUUACACGCAGGUCGGUCUUGUGUUCGAAUCCUGCUUGCGGGCUUCCCUCCAGGGGGCAUCUGGUUGUGAGAAGAGGAGUCUGGGCUAGGUAGGGCCCUUGGCCUGAUCCUGCCUGGGCUCCUCUUCUUACCCUUGACCCGAACUACAGAAUUCAGUGUUUGGAGACGCUUGCUUUCGUCCGGUUUCCUAUUCCUUGUGAUUCUGCAAGGAUCAGGCGGUCCUCUGCCCUGAUCCCGGCAGGCUGGCCUCUCGUUCUUACGCUGUCCCCGGUCUCUCUCCUCCCCCCUGCAGUGCCCCAAGCUCUCCAUGAGCCGCCACCUGGACGAGAGCACGAAGAUGCACCUGGGCUUGAUGUGCGCCCUGGUGGCUCGCCAGCGGCAGGAGCUGGGGGACCUCCGCCGCGAGGUGGAGGAGCUGGCGGUGGGCAGCGAGGGCGUCCUGAUCUGGAAGAUCGCCGACUACGCCCGCAAGCUGCAGGAGGCCAAGGCCCGCAGCAACUUUGAGUCCUUCAGCCCUCCCUUCUACACCCACCGCUACGGCUACCGGCUGCAGGUCUCGGCCUUCCUCAACGGGAACGGCAGCGGCGAGGGCAGCCACCUCUCGGUCUACAUCCGCGUCCUGCCCGGCCAGUACGACAACCUCCUGGAGUGGCCCUUCGCCUACCGGGUCACCUUCUCCCUGCUGGACCAGAGCGACCCCUCGCUCUCCAAGCCGCAACACAUCACCGAGACCUUCCUGCCGGAUCCCAACUGGAAGAACUUCCAGAAGCCCGGGGCGGGGCGCACGUCCCUGGACGAGAGCCUGCUGGGGUUCGGGUACCCCAAGUUCAUCUCCCACGAGGACAUCAAGAAGCGCAACUACGUGAGGGACAACGCCGUCUUCAUCAAGGCCUCGGUGGAGAUCCCCCAGAAAAUCAUCUCCUGA